CUAUGUGAAGGACCAGAGAAAGACUGCAGACUUCACCACAUCCUCCCAAAAAAGAAACACGACCUGAAAGAACAAUCCACUGGCACAUCGGCUGAUUAAAAAUAAAUAAAAUUUGUAUUUUUCAUUUUAUUAGUUUACUGAAUAAUUGUUUACUAAAAAGUCUUUUUUUUUGCCUCUCUUUUUUGAUAAUGGAAAUUUGGAGACUCCUUGCUGUAAUCAUCUUCAUCAGUGUCCUUGCAUGCAGUGCUCAAGGAAUGUCCUUUACACUUAAUAAGGAACACUGGAUUUCAAAAAACUGGGAGGAUAAACCUUUGGUGGACUCUUUAGCAAGUGAAGUGGCAAGUAUAAUCAAGAGAUCCAAAGCAUACCAGUUCUAUGGUCUAAUGGGAAAACGUGAUGAUCUUCCGCGCACGAAACAGGGUCAGAAAAGAAAUAAAGGAGAGAAGUUUGUUGGACUAAUGGGGAGAUCAUUAAGAGGAGACACUUUCACAAGAAUAAUUCCAGCCGAGACGAGUACAACUAUGCAAUCCGACACACAAUCAGAUUCCCAAGAGAAAUGGGACAAAACUGAAUAUUACUGAUGGUCCAGAUUCUGUGCGAGAACGUGGUUAUAUUUAAAAGGAACAAUAAGCAUUCCUUUAAUGUGAAAAUUAAGCCUGGAAAUUUUAAA